GCAGCGUGUGCGUUCACGUGUACACUGUGCGCGCUACGUCUGCGAGGAAUCCGUUUCCGACUGCCAGCAGAAAAUAUCAAGUGUGCGUCGGCGGUUAUACGGUGCUGGGAACUCAACGCCAGCAAAGUGUGUGGCAGCUUCGGUCGUAACGGGUAUUGUGCGUGCCUGGUGAUUCGCAUGAACGGUAGAAACACCAACUGCCUUUCGCAGCCGAAAUCGGAGGUGUUUCGUCUUUGUCUUACAGUCCGGAGCGUGUGAAACAUUCCAGUUGUUGCCUGCGAACUUGGACGGAAAGGGCGAUAUCCCUGUAGGACAUUUGUGAGGGCGUGUGGCGUGUUGUCGCAAUGCUGGGCGACUGAUUUCGCGUGGCGCGGCCUGGCCAUGGAGCUGUUCCGGCGGGGCGCCAUCUUCGCGACGUUCUUCGGCUCGUGCCUGGCGAUCGCGCUGCUGGUGGCGGCCCUGGGCACCAAGUUCUGGGUGGUGGCGCGCGCGCGCCGCAUCCCCAACCCGCACGAGUCGGACGGCCGCGUCCACUUCGGUCUCUUCGACGGCAAGAAGGAGCUCAACGUCGCCUACGGAUGGCGCACCUACGAGAUCGACAUCGUGUCGGAGAUGCGUCCGCCGCGGCAGCUGCUGACGUGGGGCCUGUGGCUGGCCACGGUGGCGUCGGUGGGCUGCGGCUUGCUGUUCGCCGCGCUCGCCGCCCUCUUCGCCGUCGUCAACACGGCGGCCACGCCGCCGGGGCCCAUCACCGCCGUGCCGGGACUCUACCUCUGGAACUCCGUCGCCAUGUUGUUUGACCUGGCAGCUAUCAGUCUGUGGACUGUCCAAUACUAUCAGAAACUUCAGGACAAUGUGAUGAGCAUCGAAGAUCUGGACAACAUGUGGACGUCAGCUGGCAUGGCACAUCUAGGUUAUUCUUUCUGGUUUGUUGUUGGAGGUGCCAUAGUACAUGCUCUUAAUAUGGUGGCAAUCUACGUGGGCACUCGCCGCUCAAGGCAUAAGGAUGUUCCCCAGCCUAUGAUGGAAAUGAAGAACAGUGGUGCAAUAAUGUUGUACUGAAUUUGUUUUGAAAUUCUUCAGGAAUUUUGUUACCGGAUACAUCUGAAGUGUUUUAAUAUUUUUCAUUACUUCAGUGGAAACUGCGCAGGAUACAUGUGACACAAACAGAAUGGAAAUCUGUGAAACUACGGUGAAGAUUUGACCAUUACUUAGUGUUUUGUGAUUAAAUAGUUUACGGAUGAACAAUGGAGAAAAUGUAAAUACAAGUUUGCAAUGAGACUGAGCAAGAGUGUGAUGAACUAUAGUAGACAUGAACUUUUUACAUUUUUGUGGACAUAGAGGCAACAGAAACAUCUUUAUGAGACAUUACUGCUAAUUCUUGUUUAUAGUAUUAAACAUAAUAAUUAUUUUACAAAAUUGCUGAAUCAGUAUUGCAAUUCUGAGAAUUCCCUAUUAAGAAGUAGGAAGUAUUGUAUAGUAACAAGUGGAAUAUAUUUUUAGAAAGACCAAAGUAAUUUUGUAUAGUGGAACAUCGAAUUAGAAUACUUUCACGAUUUAUAAAUAAUAAAGCUGUUCUUAUUUUGUAUACCUGAAUCCACAUUCAUUUUUUCAGGAAGAGAAGACUUUAGGUCUCUUCAUGAACAAGCGAUAUGUAAGACGUCUUUUAAGUCAAGUAGACAAACAAAGGUUCUCCUUCCUGAUUGUACCUCUGGGAUAUGAUAAAUCAAUAAAUAGUACUAUUUCACAUCCCAGACACACUAAGAAACUUUUGCAUAAUUUUUAUAAGUUUCUGUGAAGUGUUCCAAUUCUCAGUGCCUUGCCAUAUAUUAGCUUAUAUUUAAUAUCUCCCUAACACUUUCUCUCCUCCUUAUUGCAACUCUCUUCAUGGACACAUUUAUAAUUAAUCUUCUUAUGUGUUGGUGUAUUGUGUGCAAUCCGUACUACAUUGCAUUUUUUAUCCAUUAUUUACAUUUUCACAUGCAUUUUUCCAUCCCCAAUUUCUCUUGUUAUUGCAUCAUUUCUUACUUCUGUCUGUCAUAUGUCUUACUUACUUUUUAGUCACUGCUGUCUGAUUAAAUCACAGUAUUUUCCUUCACUCUGAUAUCAUCUCUCAUUUGUCAUUAAACUGUAUCAUGUAUUGUUAUUUUUAUUUGGCAUUCAGCAUACAGUAAAACACUGUGUUAAAGUUUCUUUGUUGUGUGCUAAAUAAAUAUUGCAGUUGAUUUAACAGCUUCUACCACAGAAAAACCCAUAAAAUGGACAAUAUUAAAAUGGAUCCCACAUCUUGUGAUUACCUUAACAGAUUUUCUAUCAUUUAACUAAUGUCUAUAAGUGAUUUCUUUCCUGUUGUACCAUUUUCCUGUUGUAGUGGGACACUCUUACUUUUGGUGCAACAGUGAACAUUAGUGUGGUCAUGUGGUUUAUGUAUAAGUGUAACAGCGGCCUGGAGUAAAUUCAGUGCUUUAAAAUAAAUAAAAAAUAAAAAUGUAUACAUUCCAAAUACUUUGUUGCAAGUUACGGCAGUCGCGUAAGGAUCUAAGAAAGUAGUGACAAAGUUUUAGUUGCCAAAUGUUCUGAUGUAAUACAUCCUCUCCAAUAACACAAUUAUAUGUAGCAGAAUAAAUUUUGCGAGGGACUGCUGUGCUUAUGACUGGCUUCAAGAAAUUAACAGAGACUUGAUAAACAGACCAUCGAAUCAGAAGGUUUGCAGUGGCUGUGAAGCACAUUUAUUUUGCUCCCUUCCUCUUUUAAAGUGCUGAUGCAAAGGUUAAAAGAAAGGAAGAAAUAAUUUAAAAUAUGUAAAUGAUAGAAAAUUAUUUAGAAAGAUAAUCAAAUUGCAUUUUUACAGAUUAGUAAUUCACAAGAAGUUGACUGAAUACAAAAGUAAAUAGUAAAAGCAUAUGGAAAAAAAUAAUAAAUAAAUAAAUAAAAAAGAGAAAAUGGAAUGAGGCAUACAAUUGUGUAUUCAAGUCAUCACAUUCCAGCAUUAGGUGAACUUAUUACAGUCUUAUUUCAUGAAGAGUGUCCUUCAGUACAGAUUAUCAUAGUACAUGAUACAUUACUUUUUUUUUAUUUAUUCUGAAGAUUUCCCAUAAAUUUUGUUCUGGGCAUGUCUUAUGGACUAUCACUGUAAUAUAAUAAAUUAUUACAUGUGAUUUUUACCAAGACUUUCAUUUGUCUUCACGACACAUUGCUCCCAACUCACCUUAUAAUAUUAAUGUAUUAUGACAUGUGGAGAUGGAAAUAAUAAAAGUACAGAAAUAAGAUUGGUUGGUUGGUUGGUUUGGGGAAAGAGAUCAGACAGCGAGGUCAUCGGUCUCAUCGGAUUAGGGAAGGACCGGGAAGGAAGUCGGCCGCGCCCUUUGAAAGGAACCAUCCCGGCAUUUGCCUGGAGCGAUUUAGGGAAAUCACGGAAAACCUAAAUCAGGGUGGCCGGACGCGGGAUUGAACCGUCGUCCUCCCGAAUGCGAGUCCAGUGUCUAACCACUGCGCCACCUCGCUCGGUACAGAAAUAAGAAACUGGACUUCAGCACAGAAGUAUAUAUGGUAGUUGAGAGGGUGAAGAACUUCUAAUCAAGUUCAAAUGUAUCAUCUGUUACAGUGACAUGUACAUUAAAUUCACCACAUCACUCACAAAUCUCAGGGCCAAUGGGAGCAAACAGUCUUCUACUCCUGAAACAGAUGACACGUGACACAGGAAAAUGAGUUUUGAAAUUGGCAUCAUUUUAAUAAAUCAAAAGUUAAAGAAAUACUACACUAAGACAGUCGUAAGACUACUCCCUAUUAACACCUAAAUAUAGAAACAAAUGAGAAUGUUGGACGUUUGCAAGCUGCUGUUGAAUGAAGUGUUUUACGUAGUACUGGCAAAAAGAGAGAGAGAUGGAGAUACCACAAAUGCAGUAUACGCCAAGACAGGAGAUGUGCCAUCUCCUGGCUCUUUUCCCUGUGAAUAUACUUGAAAAAAGGACUUAAAAUUUUUUCCGUAAUAUGUGAAAAGCAUUGACAUAUUUUGAUGUGAAGUUCAUCAAGUGAAAGGAAUAAAGGCAAAAAGCACAAUUUAUUAUCUGCAUAGACAGUGACUAAAGAAGACUGUUAAUUUUCUCUUAUAAAAGAAAAGACAUUGUACCUUUUUGAGUUGUACUGCUGACUUAGCAAGAUGCACUCUUCCUACAUUCCACAUUAAGAGGUCUGUAAUAAGUGUAAUAAUUGUUAACAUAUAUAAACUGUUUCCAGAAUACAAAAUGUUAUUUGUUGCUAUUGAA